AUGAAAGUCUGCCGUGGGAAUGAUAAUUUUUAUGCAAGUUAUGGGAAGUGUCGUCUGUUGAAUGAGCAAAGAUCAAGGAAGAUCUUCAUUGCCGUACGCCAUUCGGAUAACCGUUAUGUAGCCGUAAAAUUGGGAGAAAUUUCCAACAAAAGACAGACUAGAUCAACAGGCCAGCGCAACAAGAGAGAAGGGAAUAAUUUAGAACACGAGUAUGCCGUUUACAGAAAUCUUCGCGGUAGAGGAGUACCGCAUGUUCAUUGGUUUGGAAUAAAAGAUGGAUAUAAAGCAAUGGUUAUGGAUCUUAUGGGUCCUGCAUUGGAAGAGCUUUUUCUUUAUUGCAAGCGACGAUUUAGUUUGAAAACAGUUUUAAUGCUUGCUGAUCAAAUGUUGGAUCGAAUACAAUGUAUGCACGAUGCAGGCUAUAUUCAUGGUAAUCUUACGUCAGAUACUUUUGUAAUGGAUAUCAAAGAAAAUAUCGCUAAGGUUUACUUGGUGGAUAUGAAGUUUGCAUCGAAAUAUAUUAAAAUAUCUGGUAGAUGUCGCAAACAUAUUCCGUAUGAAGAAAACAUAGAGUUUUUUGGUUCACUUUGCUUCGCAUCUCUUAACAAGCAUUUGGGUACAGUUUCAUCUAGACGGGAUGACCUCGAAUCCUGCAUAUACAUAAUUUUAUAUUUUCUCAAUUUCAGUGGAAGUUUGCCUUGGCAAAUAUGUGGAAAGUCUAAUGAGCUCGAACAGGUUCUAGAAAUCAAAACAUCAAUUUCAACAGAGGUUCUUUGUCAUGGGUUGCCUACUCAAUUCGCAACAGUACUCAAUUAUUGCCGUGCCUUGAAAUUUGAUGAUGAACCUAAUUAUUUGUUUAUUCGACAAUUAUUCCGUGACUUAUUCAAAUCAUUGAACUAUAAAGAAGAUUGGAAUUUUGACUGGGUGUCUUGUUAUUAUUCAGAAAGACAGCUAAAUAACACUUUUUGA